AUGAUCAAUCUGAGAUACUAUGAUGAUGGUUGUGUGGGUAUGACGUUGGACGAGACCACUUUAACUGAUGAUGUUCGAGAUAUUUUGUACGUAUUCGGUUAUCCGGAUAAAACUACGGUACGUUUUGAAACAAUGCACUGA